CAUUCCUGCUUUGCCGCUUAUCAAUCCGGGAUGCCAUCUUGGCAACCACAUCACCAACACCGUCAACUCGAGACAGCGCAACAUUCUACAGCCUUUCUCCGCAAAACCACAGGACAUCACCCCGACAGCGACGCGACAAUCUGACGUCUCGACUCUCUGGGCCCAGCGGUUGCCCCACGCCGUCUUCGCUGGCAAUCUCAACCAACACACCUAAACCCGUCGACCACCGGACACGUCUGGAUUGUCGGAGAACACGAGUUUGAUACGGGAGGAUGCGUGCGGAUGCUGUAUCACGGGCUGGGAACUGUAUGCUGGCAAACGCAAGGACCACGAAAUAACCACGAUCCCAUCGACCCGCUUGACCUGCGCUCACAGGACAUCGCUCUGCGUGGGCUGUGACACGGUCGUCCGUCGUCGUAUCUGUCGAAAAGCGCUCCGGUGUAUCGCGGUACACCCGCGACCAUGGCUCCGGUCGCGGGCCCCUCCGGCGGGGGAGGGAAUAUCAAGGUGGUGGUCAGAUGUCGUCCUUUCAACGGGAGAGAACACGACCGGGGCGCAAGAUGUAUCGUGGAAAUGAAAGACAACCAGACGAUCCUGACUCCGCCGCCCGAUAGUGCAGGGAAGGCGGUCAAGGACCACGGCCAGAAAGUCUUCGCCUUUGACAAGUCGUAUUGGUCAUUCGACAAGAAUGCGCCAAACUACGCCGGGCAGGAGCACCUGUUCCAGGAUCUCGGCAAGCCGCUGCUCGACAAUGCCUUCCAGGGAUACAACAACUGUAUUUUUGCUUACGGCCAGACCGGUUCAGGCAAGUCGUACUCGAUGAUGGGGUACGGGAAGGACGCGGGUAUCAUUCCAAACAUCUGCCAGGAUAUGUUUAGGAGGAUUGAGGAGAUGCAGCGGGACAAGAACCUGCGCUGCACCGUCGAGGUGUCGUAUCUCGAAAUCUACAACGAACGAGUGCGCGACUUGCUGAACCCGGCCAACAAGGGCAACCUCAAGGUUCGGGAGCACCCCUCAACGGGGCCGUACGUCGAGGAUCUGGCGAAGUUGGUCGUCGGGAGUUUCCAAGAAAUCGAGCACUUGAUGGACGAGGGAAACAAGGCGAGAACGGUGGCGGCGACCAACAUGAACGAGACGUCGAGUCGAAGUCACGCCGUGUUUACCCUCAUGCUGACUCAGAAGCGGUUCGACCCUGAAACAAAGAUGUCGAUGGAGAAGGCGGCCAAGAUCAGCCUUGUUGAUCUUGCUGGUUCGGAAAGGGCCACUUCCACAGGCGCGACUGGCGCUCGGCUCAAGGAAGGCGCAGAAAUCAACCGCUCGCUUUCCACCCUCGGCCGUGUCAUUGCAGCAUUGGCAGAUUUAUCCACCGGCAAGAAAAAGAAAGGCGCGGCAGGCCAGGUUCCUUACCGAGACAGUGUCCUCACUUGGUUACUUAAAGACUCUCUUGGAGGCAACAGUAUGACGGCCAUGAUUGCUGCCAUCAGCCCGGCCGACAUCAACUACGAUGAGACACUCAGCACGCUUCGGUACGCCGAUUCGGCGAAACGCAUCAAGAACCACGCAGUCGUCAAUGAGGACGCCAACGCCCGCAUGAUCCGCGAGCUCAAGGAGGAACUGGCCCUCCUCCGCAGCAAACUCAGCAGCGGAGGCGGGGCUGGCGGUGCCCCAGUUCCCGCCGAGGAGGUGUACGCAGAAGGCACGCCUCUGGAGCAGCAAAUCGUCAGCAUCACGCAGUCCGACGGCACCGUCAAGAAGGUUUCCAAGGCCGAAAUUGCCGAGCAGCUGAGCCAGAGCGAGAAGCUGCUGCAAGACCUCAACCAGACGUGGGAGCAGAAACUGGCCAAAACGGAGGAAAUCCACAAAGAGCGAGAAGCUGCGCUCGAGGAGUUGGGUAUCAGCAUUGAGAAAGGCUUCAUCGGCAUGUCCACGCCAAAGAAAAUGCCACAUUUGGUCAACCUUUCAGACGACCCGCUGCUCGCCGAGUGCCUGGUUUACAACUUGAAACCCGGGAGCACUACUGUGGGCGCGGACCACCAAGCAAACAUUCGUCUGAACGGGUCAAGAAUCCUCCACGAACACUGCACUUUUGACAACGCGCCAGAUGAGACGGUCACGGUCACGCCAAAGGAAGGAGCUGCAGUAAUGGUGAACGGAAAGCGAGUGACGGAGCCCACGCGGCUGCACUCGGGGUACCGCAUCAUCCUUGGCGACUUCCACAUUUUCAGGUUCAAUCAUCCGAUGGAGGCACGUGCCGAACGGGCGGAGAGGCAACAACAGAGUCUCCUGCGCCAGUCCAUCACCGCAAGCCAGUUACAAGCCCUGGAAAAGACCUCGCCGUCUCCGAGUCCAAGACCGGGCCACGAUAGGACCUUGAGCACGGCCAUUUCGGACUAUGGCGACAGCCGCCCAGACUCGCCAGCCCCGUUCCAGCGCAAUGCAAAGGAGUCCGACUGGUCCUUCGCGCGCAGGGAAGCUGCUGGCGCCAUUCUCGGCACAGACCAGAACUUCGCCAAACUGACCGAUGAGGAACUCAAUGCCCUGUUCGAAGACGUUCAGAGGGCCCGCGCAGAGCGUGUGAUCGGCCGGGAAGGGGACGAGGAUAUGGAGUCGAUGGCGUCGUACCCGAUUAGGGAGAAGUACAUGUCCACCGGCACCAUCGACAAUUUCUCGCUCGACACGGCCCUGACCAUGCCGUCCACCCCUAAGCAGGGCGAGGCAGAGGACAGGCUGCGCGAGAUGCGCGAGGAGAUGCAGAGCCAGCUGGAGAAGCAGAAGGAGGAGUACCGCGACCAGCUCAAAAGCGCAGAGGCGGCGAAUGUGGAGGUCGAGGAGAUCAAGAAGGAGAAGGCCCGGAUGGAAGAGACGCUCGUCCAGCUCAAGGCCGACAUGCAGAAGCAGCUUGAGGUCCAGCGGCGCGAGUAUGAGGCCAAGAUCGAGAAGCUGGAUCCGCUCAAGCGGCCGAAGGCGAGGCCGAAGCUGUCCGAGGAUGAGGUUGAGCGUGCAAAGGUCGUGGUCAAACACUGGCGGAGCCGGCACUACGUGCGUAUGGCCGAGGCCGUCUUGCAGCAUGCUGCGAUGCUGAAGGAGGCCCAGAUCAUGAGCCACGAGCUCGACGAACACGUUGUCUUCCAGUUCACCGUGGUCGACGUCGGCCACAUGCUCUGCUCAUCUUACGACAUGGUUCUUAAUGGGCUGACCGGUGAAGGGGAGGAUAUAGAGCUCGAAGAGGCGCCCAAGCCGUGCAUCGGCGUCCGUGUCAUUGACUACAAGCAUGGGGUUGUCCAUCUCUGGAGCAUCGAAAAGCUCCACGACAGGGUUCGGCAGAUGCGGCAGAUGUACCAGUAUCUCGACCAGCCUGAGUAUGCCCAGCAUCUGAGCAUCGACAACCCCUUCAUCGAAACAUGCAUGCCGCAGUACACGCUUGUUGGGGAGGUCGACGUGCCUCUGAAGGCUGUCUUCGAGAGUUGGGUACAGGAUUUCACGCUCGACGUCUUCUCUCCACAUACCUCGCACGCAAUCGGCAUCAUCAAGCUUGCGCUUGAGCCCUCUAGCGCGCGGGCGCCGUCUAACACGCUCAAGUUCAACAUUGUCAUGCAUGAGAUGGUUGGCUUUGCGGAGCGCGAAGGCACCGAGGUGCAUGCGCAGCUGUUCAUUCCCGGCAUUUCCGAAGACGGCAUCACCACCACCCAGAUGAUCAAGGACUUCGACGAAGGCCCGAUCCGGUUCGAGAGCGUUCAUAGCAUGAGCGUUCCGCUGUUUGCGCCUCCGCAGACGACGCUGAGGGUGGCCAUCUUCGCCAGGGUGUCGGCCAUGCAUCUGGAUAAGCUCCUUAGCUGGGACGACAUGAGGGAUGCGGUGCCCAGUUCUCGGGGUAAGCGCAAGGGCGCCAGGAUCAGUGAGGCACACUUCUUCACGGAAGAGAAGCACGACUUGCUCGCGCGGGUGCAGAUCCUCGAGAUGAACGAGGAGGGGGAAUACGUGCCGGUGGAGGUUACCCAGACCAGUGAGCUCGAUAGCGGGACAUUCCAGCUGCAUCAGGGCCUCCAAAGGCGCAUUGCCAUCAAUCUCACGCACAGCUCCGGCGAUGCUCUACCAUGGGACGACGUUAUUGCGAUGCGUGUGGGCAAGAUCCAGCUGCUGGACAGCGCAGGCAAGACGCCCGACAUGGGCACUGCCAGUCCAGAUAUCUCACUGAAGCUCGUAUCCCAACCCGUGUUUCAUACGAAUGCGAAUGGCACUCGAAGCGUGACGGUGGCUGGGCAAUGGGACUCGAGCUUGCACGAUUCGCUGCUCCUCGACCGGGUCACGGCGGAUAAGUAUCGCGUGCAAAUGACGGUGUCGUGGGAGAUCAGCUCCGAGAAGCUGGCCGAGCCAAUGAAGUUCUCGCUGAACCUCUGCUGCCAGAUCCUCUCGCGGUCCUUCGUCCGGCAGACCUCCAUGUUCUCGGCACUCUGGCAGCAGGUGCGCAUCGUCCACUCGGUGACAGGCAUCUUCACGCUGCAGAUGCGGCCCGCCCCGAUUAAGCGCGUGGGCGACCUGUGGCGGAUGAACAGCCAGUAUGACUAUGUCAAGGGCGAGGAAAACCUGACAGCGUGGACGCCGCGGGGCGUGUCUCUGGUGGCGGACUUUAUCAGCUCGAGGAAGAAGCGGCAGAGGAUCGCCGAAAUUGCAGCGGUCCAGUCCUUCCUCAAGAAAAUCGGCUUCAAGAACGACACCAACGGUUCUGACGGGCUCGACGACACCGACCUCCUACCGCCCCGCCCGGUCAUAUCCGACGCCGACUCCAUCGCCGAGCUCCUCAAAGACGACACCCCCGAACCGUCCGAAGCCUCCUCUCUACCACCAGCCGAAUCAGCCGAGGGAGCCAAUCCAGCGGCAGCCCUUGAUCAGGGGACAACAACCUCCCCUCCUCCCUCCCCCAAAGCCGAAUACACACCCGAACAAACCUCCCUCCUCACCCGCUGCCUAGAUCUUUGGCAGCGCUACCCAGACCCGACCCUCAAGAUCUUCUCCCCGUCCAAUACGGCGCCCCCAGAAGACGGCGCCUUCGCCUCUUCCUCCUCCUCAGAAUUGACGCCGACGUGCGUCGCAACGGUCAUUCGCGUGCCCAAGAACCCGGCCGUGCUCAAGGGUGGGUACCUGCUCGUGCCCAACGCGGAUUCGACGCGGUGGGUGAAGCGGUUCGUAGAGCUGCGCCGGCCGUACCUGCAUGUCCAUUCGGUUGCGGACGGGGAGGAGGUCGGGGUUGUGAGCUUGCGGAAUGCGAGGGUGGAUAGCCAGCCGGGCAUUUUGGGGCUAUUGAAUUUUCAUCAUCAUACCGACAAUAUUGAGAAUGAGGGUCGCGGUGUGGAUAGGGCGGAUGGUGAGAGUCGGGGUGGCUAUGGGACGCCAGGGAGGGGCGUGUCGCCUUCGCCUUCCAGGUCGCCUGCUCCUCAUGCUUCGACGCCUGGUGCGGGGACGGGGAGGUUGAUCGCUUCACUUUGGCCUGGCAGCGGGAAUGGGAAUGGUGCCGGUGGUGGUGGGUUGGAUACGCCCAGCCGAGGAAACCCGAAUGAUCGGAGUGGUGCCGGCGGUGGCGGAGGGAUCAGCAGGCUCAGCGAGCGGCUGCAGGCCGGGGUGUUUGCUGUCUAUGGGACGGACAAUACCUGGCUGUUUGCUGCGCGCAGUGAGCGGGACAAGAUGGAUUGGAUUGUCAAGAUCGAUCAGAGUUUCGCCAUGGGCAGUGGCAGCGGAAGUGCGAAUGGGAGCGGGACAGGGAGUCCGCGGGUGGGGUGGUGAUGCCUUGCAAAUGGUGCGGAAGAGUGCUGGUUUGGUAAAGGGGGAUGUAGUGAUAGAUGGUUGGAUGGAUAGACCAGAGUGGUGGAUGAUGAGGACAUGGCUUAUACAUUUGCUGCAGCUCCUUUCAAUACUACGGAUACCCGGGGGAUAUUACUCCCUUCUGUCUUUUGGUUUCCUUUUUCCUCGAUCUAUACAGGAAGGCGUUCCUUUCCAGUUAACCCCUAGGUAGAUUAGGUUGGAUAGAG